AUGUGGUCAUUGCCGCCUCAAUAUGGCAUUCCAAAUGCAUUUGGGAUGCCUUAUCAACAAGGAAAUUUCAUGGCAACCGGAUUCUCUAGUAGCCCCAUUGAAGUCCCAAGACCUUGCACGACCCCGGAGGUUGAAGGACUCGACAACAUUUGUCUUGAUACAAAUUCAGAAAAAGGAAAAGAAGUUGAGCCUAAAAGACGCAGUAAAGCAAAAGCAAUGCCGUGGACACAUGAGGAGGAUGUUUUACUAUGUCAAGCUUUUUGUACCAUCUCAAGUGAUCCGGUCAUUGGCGCUCAACAAACAUCUGAAGUUUUUUGGAGGCAAAUUACACAGUACUAUAAUGAAGCUAGUCAAGCAAGAAACCUUAUUCAGAGAACUAUAGAGUCAACAAAAUCUCAUUUUUAUGUUUUUCACGGAGAUUGCCUCAAAUUUAAUGCAUCAAUAAAUAGGUUUCGAGCUGAUCAAAUAAGUGAUGAAAAUGAUGCAAUUGUUUUGCAGAAUGCUUUAAUGGAGUGGAAUAGUGAAGGAAAAAAGAAAGGAGGCUUUAAAUGGCUUCAUUGUUGGGAGGUUUUGAAAAAAAAAAUGCCAAAUUUUAUGGGGCAUCUCAGACAUCUCCAGGAGGAAAGAAAGCUACAAUAUCUGACACUAGGGAUCACACUUCUGGUUCUGGGCAAGAUGUUGAGCCUAGCGGUGAUGUUGAGGAAAGGUAUGUGCGUCGACCAAUUAGCCAAAAAGCAGCAAAGGCGGGGAAGAGAAAAGGAAAAACAACUGCAGGAGGAAGCACCGGUCCAGGUGUUGAACGUCUGUUGA